AUGCGCAAGGAAAGGGAGAGCGCGGCCAAGGUGCCGCCGAUUCAGGAGGAGGGUGGUGAGGCGGCGGACCAUGUGGGUGCCUUGUACAACCUGGGCCGCCUCACGCGCGGGCGAGGAAUCAGCGAGAGCAAGGCGGAUUGGGAGCGCCAUGACGCCAUGCAGCUGGGCCUGCAGGACGAGGCCGCCUUCGCACAGCUGCUGGAGGCGAUCCAGCGCUGCAUCCCUGGCCUGGACUUGAAGGGACUGUCCCGGGUGCUGAUGGGCCUGGGCGACACCCACGAAGACCUGCCCUUUGGCCAUGCCAAGACGCCCAGCGCCCACCUCCGCCGCGUCUUCGGCCUGGUGGACGCGGCCUGUGAUGGGCUGCUGGCGAAGUGGGAGGAGGCCACGGACGACCGGGACCUGGGCUUCCCCCUCUUCGCCCUGUCCAGGCUGGGGAUUUACAAGCAGGAGGUCUUUGACACAGCGUCGGGACUGCUGGCUGCCAAGCUUGGGUCGGACCAGCCUCUGCCCAAGGAAGCCUUGCGCCAGUGGCUGCUGGCCUGCAACAGUGUGAGUCACUCCUUAGUGGAGCAUCAAGGGGCCAUUGCGGCAUACCGGCCUGCGGAGGCUUGGGCAAAGGAGGAGCCCAGCCGGCUACACCAGCUGGCAGGGGCGCUGGUGUCCCUGCCUCACCCUGACCCUUUGCUGGCAGAGGUGGUGCGAGAGGUGGUCCGAAGGCCGGUGAAGGAGUUGCACGCCAGCAAGGCGGUUGCCUUAUAUGGCUUGCAGGCGGUGCGGCUCCUGGGGGAGGCCGGGCAGCUGGGCGCCGCGCGGCUGCCGCCGGCGGUGGCCCGGGAGCUGGACCGCGCCUUGGAGCGGAAGAGCCGCGCCAUGCGCCGCAGCUCGCGCCUGGAGGCCGCGGUGGGCCAGGCUCUGGCGGAGGGCGGCUUCCAGCCGCGGCCCGGCGUGGUGGUCAGGCCAGGCCUCUCGGCCGACUUCGCGUGCACGCGCCGGAGCGCGAGCGGCGGGCGCGGCGGGCGCGGCGAGGGCGGGGACUUCUUUGUGGAGGUGGAUGGCCCGUCCCACUUUUGCGUGCAGCCCUUUUGGCGCCUCCGGGGCCGCACGGUGCUGAAGCAGCGGCUCUUCGCCGCCCAGGGCCAAGCGCUGAUCUCGGUGCCCUACUGGGUGGCAGCACCCCCAGGCGCCUACGCGCGCCGGGACGAGUGCGCCACGAAGCCACGCCUGGAGGUGAACCAACAGGAGCUGGAGGGGCUCAUUGCCGAGCAGCUGGAGCAGUUCCAUCGAUCUCGCGAAGUGUGA